AUGUUCCCACCAGUGCCGUCUCUUGUGCCUGUGAUCACUCCAGUGACGCCAACCGUUGCUGCAGUCACGAAGAUUGCGAUUUCCCGGGUCCGUUUGGACGAUUCUUGGGGUGCUCACCUUGAGAGGAGGCUUAGUGCUGCCAUACAAAAGUGGGUUGCUUUAGUGGUUGAGGAUCCUUUGUCUUUUGACGUCGGUAGGCGGUGUGCUGCUUUCGUGGGAAAUGACGAGGCGAUUUCUCAGGGCCUUCUGCACACUUUUUCCGGCAAAUCGGCAGGUACCUUGCACAGCCGUGCUGGGCCUCUCAUCAGGUUUGUUGCCUGGGCCAAGGCUCGCCAGCGCAAGCCCUUACCCUUCAGCGAGGCGCUUUUGUAUGAUUUUCUGCUUGAAUCCGAGAGCACUUGUGCGCCGUCAUUCGGAAAGGCGCUGAUGUCUGCACUUGCAUUUUGCAAAUUUGUGCUGGGCGUUGAGAAUGUUUCUGAUGUUCUGAGCAGUGGUCGGUUUGGGGGCUUGGCUCGUUCGAUGUUCUUGAACAAAAGGAAGCGACGGCAGAAGCCACCCCUCACCGUUGACAUGGUGAAGGCCCUUGAGAGAUUGGUGAUCUCCGAACGUGAAGGAGAUAUCGACAGGCUGUGUGCGGGGUUCUUCCUCGUUUGUGUUUUCCUUCGAGCAAGGUAUAGCGAUGCCCAAGGUCUGAAGAAUCUUGCAAUCGAUGAGCCUGAAGGUUUUGCUGGCCGCUUGACAGGAUAUUUUCAAGGGGAAGCUUCAAGGACAAAGACGAGUUUCUCGCUGGAAAGGAAGACGGCUCUGCUCCCGAUGGUAGGGCCACUUUUCGGCCUGACUGCAGUUCCUUGGUUUAAGACUUGGUUAGGUCUCCGCGAGGACAUGGGCAUCCCUGAAGGCGAGGACUUUCCUUUGCUGCCGAGUCGAGGGCUGGAAGGGGGUUGGGCUCCGGUUCCCCCUUCAGCUACGGUGGCCGCUGCAUGGCUCCGGGGGAUUCUUAUUUCUCGUGGCUUCCCUGAGGCACGCAAGCUCGGGACUCACAGCUGCAAAUGCACGUGUCUUUCUUGGCUGUCGAAGCACGGAGUUGAUCCUCUGCAUCGGCGUGUUUUGGGGUAUCACAAGGCCCCGCAGGAUGAGAUGAUGCACGUUUAUGGGCGUGACAAUGUUUCUCCAGCCCUGAGGUCGCUGGAGGCUGUCAUCCAGGACAUCAGACAAGGCCUGUUUUUGCCGGAUGUCACGCGGUCGGGUUACUUCCCGACCCAGCCGCAGAGGGAGCCUGGGCCUGAGUUCGUUGAGGAGCCAUCGGAAUCCGAAGUUUCGCUCGAUGAAGAGGACAAUGUGCAAGACUUGAGAGCAGAGGAAGCGGCCGCUGAUCAGGUUGUGCCGCCUUGGGCUGAACUUGUGGUUCAGGAUCCUGAUGCUCUGGUUUAUGUUCGCCAUAUAACUUCAAGGAAGUUGCACCGCCUCGCUGACGAGAGUGGGAAUCGGCUGAAGUGCGGAAAGGCGUGCACGCGAAAGUUCGAGAGGCUCAGUGAGAAACCAAGGUUCAUGGCUGACAUGGGCAGCCGGAUCACUCGGCGCAUGGGUCGUGUCUUUGUGACGCAGCCGGAUAGACUCGGCUAUGCACUCACCGGUCCUCGCGGUGAAGUUUGA